AUGAGGAGAUCUUCAGGAGAAGAGUUCAAGAUGAGUCCCAACGAACACUCGCCGAAAACCGAACGCGUAUAUGCAAAUGAAUAUUUUGCGCGCGGCGCGCAAUUGUCGCCUGCCAAUAUGCCUGCAACCAACCAACCAGCAUACACUUUUCGGAGCGAGGCACAACGGCUGGUACGGACCACAACAACAAUCACUGCGAGCCACCCAGCUAGCUCUCCGGAGGUCUCCAAUGAAUGCCCUUUGAUUGUUUUUGACCUUGCGAUGAGCUUGCGCAAAAACGCCCUACGGUAGCUUGUACUUUUUCUCCGAGUCUCGAAAAAAAGGAAAAAAAAAUGUUGAAAAAAGUUGAAAAGAAUGUUUGAACAGGGAAAAAAUUAGCAAAAAGUUCAUUUCUUCCUUAUUUUCAAAGUUUCAGAAGCGGGAAAAAAUUUGUCUGCAGAGCGGAAAAUUUUUUAAAAAAUCUUCGAUGUCCAUUAGGACUGUGAAGUUCAUCUUUCGAAGUUAUUUGAUCACUUUUUUCAAAUUCGGACUCAAAAAAAACACGACUUUUUAAUUCCCUAGAAAUGUGAAAACUAACCUCGUGAGCAGAAAAAUACUGUUUCGAACUUGAUUUUUUGAUUAUCGCAAAAAAAAUGUUAGAAAAAAGGCAGGAUUACAAAAACACCUCGCCUUAUAUAUCAAUAUUAUCAGAAAAAUUUUUUUAAGCUUCUUGUGGUUUGAAUAAGAAACGUAAAAAUAAUGAACACAUUUCCAGCGAACCAUCAAAAAUUAACUUCUCUGAAUAUUUUUUUGAAUUUUGCCUGAAAAAAACAAUACACUACGUGUACUUUUGGAUUUGAAAUUGUCGCCUUGGCAGAAAUUAAUUUCGUUUGUGCUGAUUAAAUUAUUUUUUCUCGCAAUUAAUUCGUCUUUCGCUGAAUACGUUUAACAUUGUUAUUGGUCAAUUAAUCAAGAAAAUCUCUACUCCGCGCCAAAAACGAAUCUUGAGAAUUUCAAACAUAAAAAAACGCAGAAAAGAUGUUUUUCAAGCUACUUCUAGCGGUUCAAUGAAAGCGAGAAGAAGCAAUUAUUAUAUCAGCUUCUCGGAAAAUAAAAGAAGGACGAAUCCUGUCUCUAAGUCUCAUGGUUUUGAUCAGCUGCAAAGGGAACGGUACCUUAAUCCAGAGAUAAUUGGUUUGACCUGGUGAUGCACGAACAGGUGAAAAGCUGGCGCGGUUUCACAAAAGAUUGGAUGGAUUUUGCUCAGAAAGCUAAUCACUUUGUCCUCAUUAACCUCUUUAACACAUCGAAAGUUAAUGUUAUCCAUUCGAGGAUUUCAAAUUCUUUUUCCUGUUACCGACUAUAUCGAAAACCAAUAAUGAAUCAAGCUCAGUGAAUCAAACAAGAGUUUUCUUCAUUAUUUCCAUCUUCUUUUGAAGAAAAAAAAUGAUUGGUAAUACAGACGCAUAGUCAAGAAAAAGGCGGAAACAUAUAAAAAGCGACAAAAGUCAAUGAUCCACUUACGAUGAGAAAAAAACUUGCCAAAAAACUGAAAUUUUGAUAACGGUUGGUUGGAUUCUCAGUUUUUCUCUCUUUAAGAAUGGUGUUUUGACCCUUUUUUUGGAAAAAAAAAUGUUCCUGACUUUUUCAUUAUUUUGGUUGCCCAUGAAUCAGAUGCCUUCUUAGAAUGGACUUUGCGGGAAAAUUAGGUCUUGCAGAAAAGUCACAAAACGACUUCGAAGACAAUAAAGCAACUUUUUGGGCAUUUUUUGUUGUUGGUUGAGAUGAGUGAACCAAAGAGAAGAAAAGGCAGAAAAAAAUUAUAAAAAAAUUUGGGCGCGUUGAAACGUCCUUCAGUGUUUUUCUUCUCUUUUUUGCGAGUGCGCCAUCGGAUACGCAAAGAACCAAGGUCAAAUGGCAAGAUGGACAGGUUAGUGCCACCAAAUCCCAAAAAAACGCAAUAACGACAACCGUGUGGUCGCGAAAACUUUUGGGCCAGAAAAAGUCAUUUAGAUCGAAAUUUUCUGUUUUGAUGUAAUCAUAGGAUACUUUUCCAUCCUUCGAUGUGGAGGUAAAAAUCCUCUCAUUGAAAUUGAUUAUGCUUUUUUAUUGAAUACAUUUCCUUGAUCACAUGGUUAUUCGGAAUAGUGGAAUAUUAAAAAAAGUGAGGUUUUCAAGCAAAAAACAUCCGAGUUUAUCUGAACCGUCUGAAUUUUCGAGAAGCACAAAAAUUAAGAAUUAAACCAACACAAAAAAAAAACAGAUUGAUAAUUUUGAGUAAUUUUGCUUGUACUAUUUCCAACAAAAAAUUUAGAAAACGACGUUUAAAAAAGAAAGAAGGGCCAUGAUAAAAACAGUUUUGUGCAAUAAUUUGACGCUGCGGCAUUUCAUAUUACAGUAAGACAGUUAAGUAGAGUAAAUUAUUUUUAGAACUUAUUUGGAACUUCUUUUUGGAACAUUCCAAUUCUCGAAACAUUUUUGAGCGUGAUAUCCCUUUUUUCAUAAGUUCGCUGUCAUUGUUCGGGUAUUUUUCUGGUUCUGUUUGGUAUCAUCUAUUUUUUAUUGUUAGCAGUUUUUCAAUCGAAAGCAAGUUCCAAUUCACUUUUUCAUUUGAAAUAGUCCAACUAUAUUGUUUUGUAUCGAAGGAAACCUGUAAAUGAGGAAAUGAAAACUGGCAGGAGUAAAAAAACAUCGAAGAGUUUGAAAACUUCAAGGUCGCUUCGCGGCGUUCGCCUUUCAUUGUCUAAUCGGUUUCAAUCUGAAACUUUGUUGGCAAUAACCCAGCUGGUGGUCCGCCGCUUUUUUUUUACUCAUUUUCUGUUCCUUUUUUGAUCUGGCGACUUUUUGUUGUUUAUGCGUUGCGAGUUGCGAUGACCUUCGAAAAGAUACUCAUUCUCCGUCUUUUCAGGCGUUCCGUUGGCGAUUAUGACCGCCACGCAUUGUUGCCUUUUGAGGACAAAAAAGUUGUUUAUGCAGUCCGAAUGCAGGUUUUCCGGGAAAUAGGUUAUCGAAUGACGAUUACAUCGGUUUUGGAAAUUUUUUUGAUUUUUCAGAGAGUUUAAAUUAGAUUUCCUAUUUGUAAAACCAAGAAGACAAUUAUAAAAUUCCUGUAGAAUUUCUUACAUAAUACAAAUCGAAUCUAUCAAAAAAAUCUAGUCUAGGAGAAAAGAUCGAAUCAUCGAAAAAAAUUUGAAAACAGAAAUAUCGAUAUAUUUUUUUUGAUUUAUUUUUGAUUUUUUCCAGAUUUUUUUUGAGUUUUUAGGUCAAGUAAUUAUUUUGAUCCAUAUCUGUGAGCCGUUUUCUAGGAACUCGUUUCAAUACGUUCUUCUUAUAACUUUGAUGUCUGAAGAUUUUGUGAAGAAAGGUUUCAUGCUGCUUUUUUGCCGUAUGAAGUUUUUUAUCUCAGUUUUAUACCUGAGCUCGUUUUUUUUGAGGCCAGAACUCAGAAUCUCUUGCGUUUUGCGAGGAAAAAGCAAAAAAGUAUAGUUUUUUCGGUUUUUUUCGUCUUUGCAUUUUUUUAACUUAUCUGCGUUUUUUUCUAAUUGUUAAUACUUUCAAUUAAUUUCCUAAUAACAGGAAUUUUUUUAGAAGUUUCAUUAUGAAAAAAAGCAGCCUCAAUAUCCUUCAGAAAGAUUUUAUAGUCAUUUUUUCAUUUUUUAAAACUAGCCCAAGUUCUUCAAAGCUGCAUAUUCCGAUUUUUAGUCAAAAAUGAAACAGGCAAAGAUAAACCUUUUCUGAUUUUUUGUGAUGUCAGUGUGAUAAAAAAGUUCUUUGUCUUGGUUUCUAUCUUUGUUGCAUUUUUUGAAAAAAUGGCUCCACACUGCUUAUCAGUCGAUAGUUUUCGGUUGUUGAUGGCAGAUUUCCUUACCGUAGCCCAGCUCCGUAUUAGCAGGUGCACACUUGAUAAGCAAUAGACGACGUGGACAAAACCUCGCAAAACUCCUCGAUAACGUCCAUAACAAGGGCAAAAAGAGGGUUUCGCGGCGGUCACUCUGAAGGCGGAGACGACGACGGCUGUCCACUGGGGAAGUGCAGUCGGGGCGUCGGUGCCAGGCACCCCUGAACGUCUUUUCUACCUUUCUCUUCUGUUCGUAUCGUUGUUGUGUUGGUCAGCCGCGGCGAGAGGAUCCACUGACCAGCGGAGACGCAGACACUCCACUGACCAACCAAACCCAAAACCAACGCGAAAGAGCUGCCAGCCGGAAAGAACGGCAAAACACCACGAAUACGCAAAAACACUGGUUAGGGAUCAAAAAAAUCCGAGUCGAAAAAAAAAAGACUCAAUCCAAAAAAUCAUCCCAAACUUCGAAAAAUGUGUGUUCCUUUUUUUUCAGUGUAAAAAAAACUUGAAUGCGAAAAAAAAAAUUUUUUUUUACUCAAAAUUCAUAUCUUGACCAAUUUACAAUCCUGUCGAGGUUUUGGUAAGAUAUCGGACAAAGUUUUCUAAGCUUUUUUUAUGUCAUAAAAACCCAAAACGGAUUUUUUUUUUUUUUUUAGCUGCUUGAAUUGAAAGAAAGCUUCUGACAGAACCGGAGAAAAGUCUUUUCUCAGUUUGUGGUCAAAUGAGCUGGUUUUUCUACAACUUCGAGAACCGUCCAAAAAUUUGCAAUUAUUGAAAAAAACCUCAUAGCUUCAAUAAUUGAUUUUUGAAAAACUUUGAAACACGCUUUUUUUCAAGAAUUAAUAAACUUUAUUAUCAUAAGACUGGAAGAGAUGACAAAAUUUGAAUCAUAGACAUUUAAGGGGUUUUUUUCUGAGAUUAAAAAAAAUCAAAAAACAUAUCUUUGCUCAUGUUUUUCUUUUGUUUUUCGAAGUUUCGAGAGUUCAAGUAACAUUUUUUUCCUUAUUCUUGCAGUCAUAAAAAACUGUCAGUUAUAGAAUUUUCGAAAAAUUAGCUGUGAAAAUUAGGCGAUUUUUUUCAAAGUUGAAACUCUCUCAAAAGAUUUUUGAAGUUAGAAAAUUCAAUUUUCAAACAGCAUUUUAUCCAAGUUCCAUGUUAAAUUGUCAUUUUUCUGCUUUUUCUGCACCCUUCACAAAAAAACCACAUUUUUUUAUCGAUAUUAUUGAAUAAUAGAGAAAAAUAUUCGACAAGCUCUUGUCUCAAGAGGUUGUUCAUCAUAGGCCGGCAUUAAUUAAUAUCUGAUCAGAUAAUGCAUCUGGCUGGCCUUGAGCCAAUUUUUAUCGCGCCUCGCGGGCAUAAUUCAUAAGCCGUCGGAUCGAGCAAACGGAACGGUGGGCGUGGCUUCUGAGGACACCAACCCGAACAACAACAUAUACGCAUACAGAGAAACACAAAAAAUCAAUGAGCAGCCACCUUAGUGCGGAGAGAUAAGCCCUGCGGCAGGACUGCGUAAACAACCGCGUAGAGGCUGGCACGGGCCGGCGCGUCGGUCACUCUCGACGCUCCCGAGUGACCAUCAGCUGUGUCGAGACCCAGAGAAACGUCCUUUUGCCAACGGCUGCUUUUCGAUUGGCAAAAGCGACAAACAAAACGAACACCCGUUCGCUUUCUCUCCUUGGGGGCUUGCAAAAACCAAUCCAACAAAAAAUGUCUAAUCUGAAAAAAAAAUCAAAAAAUACAUUGUUCAACGACAAAAAAUGCGAAAAUAACAUACUAUAUUUUUUUGUUUUCUAUUAUGGAAAAAAAAAGACCCAGAAAACUUAUCCGAGAAGCUCCCUGUUGAAAUUCAUCCGUUCAAGCAGUUUCCUUGGAAAAACAUACAGCUGAGAAAUUCGGAAGAAAAACCAUAAUUUAAAACAUUUUUUUGUAAGAGAGCUUCUGCGAACAGAAAAAAAAUUAUAACGGUAAAAAUCUAGAAUUAAAACAAAUCUAUGAAAAAAUCUUUUUCCAAAGCAGACCUAAGAGUUAAUACACAAAUAAUGACUUCCAUAAACCAGAAUAAAACCUUAUUCGAAGUGUCAUGGUUUUCAAACGGAGAAUUUUUCGGAAAGAGGCGGAGCAAGUGUGAAAAAAAAAACUUGGCUGCAGGGAACGCCCCUUUGAACUGAAAGUUUUGAGAAAAAGAGUUUUUUUUUCUGAUAGCUCGAGAAAAACGGAAACUAGAUCUGAAUUUCUUCAUGAUAAUGAGGAGCACAAUGUCAAUUUCUGAAGCUCUUCAGAAAGCUCUUGAGGAGUUUUUCUAGCCACCAAAAUUUGAAGAUACUUUACUUUUUUGACGUGAAAAGAACAAAAAGGGGAAGUUGAUAAAACUCCGUACAGGUGUAAUAAAGACACAUAAUGUCUAAAGUGCAUGGAAAAAUCGCCUCCAAAACCUUCAUUUUUUCACUUUUUGUACAGAGAGAACUUAUAAUUACUCUAAACUGACAUUCACGGAAAAAAACGGUUUUUUUAAAAAAAUAUUUUUUUCAAUUGAAGUGACCAAGAGUACAUGUGCACAAAUUUCCACCAUUCACACCAUUUUUUUCCUUCCUAAGUGAAUUACGGUUGGAGUGAGAUGGAACUUUUGAUUUUUGCAAAAUUUCUAGUCCUCUAAACUGCACACAAACGGUGGAAUAUUAUUUUACUAAUCUUUCUAUAAAGUAUUGUUAGUUAUUCGCAAAAGAAAAUUUCGUUUUCUGAACAGUUAAAGCUAUUCAAAAAUUUCUCACAAAGGAGAACUCCAUAAACGGCACAAAAGACUCACGAAAUUCAGGAAAAUAUAAAAAGGAGAAUGUAUUCUGUGAGUUACAUUGCUACUCAGAAUGAUUUCUUCCUAUUUCUUGUUCCUGUUGCCUCUCGGAGUCUUCUCAGCACCUUCCAACAUUUGGUUGAACCAUGGGAUUUGGUCUCUCAAGGAGGUAAGUUUUUGAGUGUAAACAAUCUAAGGCAAGUGUUUCAAAAAAGUGAAAAAAAUUUAAUGAAAGAAAUUUUUUUGCCUAUUCCCUCACAUGUUCUUUUGAUCAGAUCUGGCAUAUGGUAAUUUCAUCUAAAAACCUUAGAUUUUUGUUGAAAGUAGACCAAAAAAAUGCUUCAAUAGUUUGUAGAAAUUUGAAAAUUACAAAGUGAGCAGUUUCUUUUCAUAUAUGGAGAUUUUUCUCAGAGAUUUUUUAUUUUAUCUAUGUUUGCAGUUUCCGCCAAUUUCUUUCAAACUCUCUUUGCGGGUAGAAGUUCUCGAUUUUUUUCACCAUUGGAUAGUUUUCAUUAUGAGGCAUCCAACUUAAUUUGGAAACUUUCAGAAGUUCGAAUCGAAAUAACCAUUUCAACGAUAAAAAAAUUCAAACUUUCAAACAUUUUUUUCAUUUUUUUAAAACGGUACAUUAAGGAUGAAAAUUGGGCUACACUCUCCUUUAAUUUCGGAGGUGCGACGUCAACUUCUGACGGCUUCGACACAACAACGCCAAGCUACAACGAUAUCUGGACGGUUUGGUAGAAAAUAGUUAUAAAAUACAAGUUCAAUUACAGUCAACAUACCCGCCCAACCCUUGCUAUCCAAAGGCGGAAGGCUCUCAUGGUGUGUUUCAAAUAUUGUUCUCUGGUCAUGAAAUUAUCACAGCUGUCAUGCUUCACAAAACGAUAAUUUUUAGAAUUGAAACUGGAAAAUCCUUCUUCAAAAUCAGAAGCCGUGAAGGAGCCUGUGACAAGUUGGAAUCUCGAAUCACUCCUUCCAUUCUUCUGGUUGUAAAUUAUUCCGAGUAAGAACUUUUUGAUGAUUUUUUUGCAUAAUUAUUCGUAUUUUCAGUUCGAGUAGCGUUUGUCUGAAUUUUCAAGCGUUGGGGUCAGAGGAACAAUGAAAAUGAAGAUUUAAAUGUUUUUUUUUUUUCAAACAAAAUAAAAUGCAUAGCCAAUGCUCAAUCUGUUGAAUUUUGGUUUUUAUCUGACAAUCUUGUUUCAAAAGAAAUGAAAAGGAAAGCUAUAGAGAUUCAAAUAUCAGCAGCCGUCUUAGAACAGGAAAGUAUAUUUAAUAAGUUGCUGGCAUGAGACAAAAAUCAAUUCAUUCUGGCGAUUUUUGAAACCAUAAGAGUGACUGACAAGGAAAGUCUGAGAGAUGAAAAUCUGAUUGCAGAUCUCGUCCAAUUCUCUGUGUCAGGUAGUCCUAGGUGUGAACACUGGAAGACAAAAAUAUUUGUCUACUAAGGGUCCGGAGAAAAAUCCCGUCGACAAUGUACCGGUCAAUCUCAAAAACAUUUGCCGCCAGAAUAUUCCGAUUGACGGCGACCGCUGA